AUGAGCGACAAAAGCAAAUCAGAGGAUCCGAAGCUGGAGGUGAUUUCCAAACACAACCCGGAAAUUGUGGGCAAACUGACGGGCUUGGGCAUACAAGCGCUGGCAGGAAUGUUUCCAAAUACGAAACUAUACCAGCACUCAAAUAUCAUCCGGAGCGACCGGACCCUUCGGCUGUCGACGUUUCGUGGCCACGUUGCCCUGGUGUAUCUAGGCGGCACCUACAUUACAUUCACAUUCGCAGUUUUGUCCCAUCAAGCUGCGCGUAAGAUGGCCGAGGCCCGCUUCGAAGCUCAUACAUUGAUUGCGCGUGGGAUAUCUGCGAACACGUUAGAAUCGUCAGGGCGAAGACAUAAAACACGUUGA